AUCACAGUAGAAUUGAGAGAUUGGCAGCCGGAUCGGAUCGCCUGCCUGCUGCCAAUUUCCCUUCUCCUUUUUCCCUUUUGAGACAGACCAUACCACGUACCAGUACGGCACAGAGCUGAGCAGGGCACAGGCAGGCAGCCCAACCCUCUCCUCUCUCUCUCUCUCUCUCUCUCUCUCUCUCUCUCUCUCUCUCUCUCUCUCUCUGAUUGAAAAGCCAAGUCCGAUCCUCUUCUCCAGCGAGCUCCAGGAGAUCUCAAAAUUAAAAAGAAGCAGCAGCAGCAGCAGCAUGAACAAGCCGCCGGCGUACGGGCAUGGCGACAGCCCCUACUGCUGCUUCCACCCCAGGGAGGUGGUCGUCGGCGUCUGCGCCCACUGCCUCAAGGACCGCCUCCUCCUCCUCCUCAAUAAGGAUCCCACCACCCAGCAGCAGCAAGGCCAGCUCCGGCGCAGGAGGACCAGCAGCAGCAGCAUCUCCCUCCCCAAGGUCUUCGCGCUCGGCUCCUCCUUCCUCCAGCGCCUCGACUCCCGGCACCACCGCCCCGACCACGACGACGCAGCUCACUCCGACGGCACCACCUCCGCCGCAAGCCUCGAUGAUUCUUUCAUCUCCAUCAAGUUCGAGGACAACGGCAAGGCGACGUGGGACAGCCACACCAAGGCAGAGGCAGCUCCCCCGGCGCCGGUGAGGUCUUCGUCUUCCUCGACGUCCGUCCUGGUGGUGGAGCACGCCAAGCGCGGCGGCGUCACCCGGUGGCGCAAGCAGGUGGUGGGGCGGCUGCUGCAGCUGGCCCGCUGGAAGAGGUCCGCAGCCGCCCUGGACGGAAAGAAGGCGGCGGGGGAUCGCUCCAAGGCCAGGGGCAGAGGCUGGAUCCGGAGCCUCACGCGGAGGCGCGCCGACCGCCCGUGGUCGUGAGUCAGCUACCUGCUGCUUCUGCAUCCAUGAUCUGCAAUGCAAGCAGCCUUGCAUCGAUGAUCUGCAAUGCAAUCAGCUACUCUUUAUAUGUAUCGGAAGAUGUUAUACUCUACUCACAACAUGCAUGCAUAUAUGUACUAAACGAGAAGGGGGGAAAUAGAAUUAGGGCGGCAUUACGUGUGAUUCUCUCGAGGUCUUUGUUAUUAGCAUGUUCAUGCGGGUUUUAUAUUUGAUGACAAAAAGAAAAAGGAAACAAGUACAUGUACGAUGGUACACUGGUGGAUUGGAUCCAUGUGUGCUUGCUUGUACUACUCUGAAUCGCCUGAUUGUUUGGCACUCAUACAUGUAUCCAUGCAAAUGCUUUCAAUAAAAGCAGAGGAGUAAUCUCCA